AUGGGGGAUUCGCAACAAGGAAAUAAGAAAGGAAAGGGCAAAGAGAAAGAGAAAUAUGAACCUUGGACCAUGUAUUAUACUAAUGAGUUUUUGCACCUCUUGGUGGAUGUUAUCGACAAUGGAUUGUGUGAUGCUAAUGGAUCACUUAGCAACAAAAUGUGGGACACAGUUACAAAGACGUUCACUGCUAGUGAUGAAGUAUGGGAAGAUUACUUGAAGUCUCAUCCAAGUCAUAGUAAGCUUUGUGAAAAGAGUGCCAUUGGUUAUGAAAAAUUGAAGAUUGUCUUUGGUGGUGCAACUGCUACUGGGAAUGGUUCCAUUGCAUUAGGCACUAAUGAUACCGAUGCUAUAACUUUUGGAGAAGAAAAUAUGAAAUUCAGGAUGGAAAACUUUGUGUAUGAUCCUCUCAAUGAUGCCUUCAUAGCAUCAAAUAAAUAUGAAUCUGUAACGUUUGGCCGCCCCAAGCAUCAAUGA